AUGGCGUUGGAUUUGCAGCCGCCCAGCGAGCGCAAGCGUGUUAAGGUCUAUGAACUCAAGGAGAAUGACUGGUUUGAUCGCGGAACAGGGUUUUGUACCGGCCGAAUCCAAGAUGAUGAACCACGGAUAUUCGUCGAGUCAGAAGAUAAGCCCGUCCGAGUGCUUCUCGAGACGAAAAUCUCCAAGGACGGCGGAUACCAGAAGCAACAAGACACCUUGAUCGUGUGGACCGAGCCGAAUCAGACAGACAUGGCGUUAAGUUUUCAGGAAGCAGAGGGUUGCGCAGUAAUAUGGAAUUUUGUCAAUAACGUUCAGCAACAUCUUCUUAACCUGGCCGCUGGCGAUGACGCACUCUCCGACGACCUCGAACACCUUCAAACCGUCCAAUUACCUCCUGCCGAGCUCGCGCACCUUGCUGAUAUCGAUCACCUCAUGAGAGCUGCGAGCAUAACACAAGCUGGUAGAGAUGCGCUGUCCAAAUGUGUUAUCCGAGACGAAUAUAUCCACAAACUGCUUCCUCUAGUCACAAUUGCCGAAGACCUCGAAAGCCUCACUGACCUGCACCGAUUAUGCAACAUCAUGAAAUCCCUCAUCCUUCUUAAUGACACUACCAUAAUUGAGACAGUCGUCACCGACCCAGUUAUACUUGGUGUUGUUGGGGCUUUGGAAUGUACGUUUGGUUACGCUUUCAUGCAUGGAAGGGCGUUGACGGUCUACAGAUGA